GCUCGGUCAACCCCGCCCCGCCGCCCUUCCCGCGGGUGCUGCUGGGAGUUGGAGUCCCGGGCGGACGGAGGCAGCCGGCAGCGGCGCGGCCAUGCGGAGGGUGAGCAGCAGCGUGUGCAGCGAUGAGGUGCUGCUGGAGGAGCUGGAGACCGAGGGGGAAAGGCAGCUGAAGAGCCUCCUGCAGCAGCAGCUCGACACUUCCGCCUCCAUCGAGCGGUGUAAAUCGAAGCGGAGGUGCUUUGCUCCGGCGGCGUUCUACAGACCCUUCGGUGAGGCGGCGGCGGGGGCACUGAGCUUAUCCCAGUUCCGAGAGCUGCAGGAAAGCGACAAAGAGACCGCGGCGCUGCGGGAGUUGGGGCUGUCGGAGCCCGAGAUCGCGCUAUGGAAGAACCGCGCUGUAGAGAAGCGCUCCGGGCUGGGGGCGGCCCCCGAAGCCAUGCAGGAGCGCCUCAACGCCAUCCAGGAGAAGAUGGACGAGCGGCAGCGCAUCCUGGAGCUGCCCCAGAGAUUUGCUGGCAGCAAGCAGCUGAGCCGGAGGGAGAUGGAGAUCGAGAACGCUCUCUUCCAGGGAACGGACCGGCACUCCUUCCUGCGGGCGCUGUACCACCAAGAUGACACUCAAAGGAUAACGGAUGAGAAAGACCCCAUGGUUCACCUGGAGAGUGUUUACCAAGAGGUGCUGGGCAAGCAGCCGCCCGGACAGGACCAACCAUCCACAAGUGCUGUGUGCUCGCUGCCUGCCCCCGCCCCGCAGGGCUCUGGCACUGAGGAGUCACCACCUCCUGACCAGGAAGAGCAGCCAGGCCAGGAAGGAAGCCCCAGCCCUCCUCCAGCAAAGCCCCACCAGUCCCCUCCAGGGCCUGUGACUAUAAAGGAGCCUGUAGAGUUCAUCCCGGAGGAGGAGAUCUGCAAGAACCGGCUCUCUGAGGAAGAACUCCGCAAUAUGCCUCGGUUUGCUUCCUACCAUCCUGGGGAGCCCAAUAAGGUGCUGUAUGUGAAGAACUUGGGCCCUCGUGUGACGAUGAAGGACCUGGUGUCACUGUUUGCUCGGUUCCAGCAGGAGGACAGCAGGCCCAUCCAGUUCCGCCUGCUGAGCGGCCGCAUGCGGGGUCAGGCCUUCAUCACCUUCCCUGAUAUUCAGUCGGCCCAGGACGCGAUGCUCUUGGUGAAUGGGUACAGACUGCAGGGGAAGCCAAUGGUGAUCGAGUUUGGGAAAAGCAAGGGGCCGUCGAUAGAGGCUGAGGCUGCCGCUCCCUCCUCUGCUGGAGCAGAGCCCACUGCCACGUAAGGGCUGGAGGACCGUGGGGACUCGACAGGUCCUUGGACUGCCUUGCUCAGGACUGGUGGGAGCUGAAGCGCAGCUCGUGCAGCUGCAGUGGCAGGGUGAGAGCUGAAUACAGCCUCGAGGAGGGCGGUGCUGAGGAAGCGCUGCUCUCUGCCCUGCUGGCACAUGAGGAGCUUCAGGAAGGCUGGUGCUGUUCUCGCCAUGUGCUGUUCUGUUGGGCUGUUCCACCUGCCUGCGUUCUUUGUGGUGAGGAAGAGGAGGGGAAGCUUCGUCUGUUUAUGUUGUGUAUUUCUGCAGCUUUAUUUGCAUGUCAGUGUGUUCUUUUGAGAGAAAAGGGAGUAGCGUGCAACAGGGCACCAUUUUUCAGACUUGUUGUGUCUUUAGUUGGUGUGUAAUUAACUUUCUGCCACUCUGAUGUUUAUAGGAACAGUGUAGUUUGCCUUAAGGUGGUGCUCUGGGUGCAGAAGUUGCUGGGGCUCUGAUCUGUUGGAGAUUUCUGCUCUAACUGGCUGAGCUGAAGCCACUGUUUGGCACAGGACUCCAUGUCCAGCAAAAAUUACCCAAGAUUCUAUCUA